AUUUGCAUAAGACCUACGGACCGUAAAGUACACCCUGGGAUGCCAAAUAGCACUUCCCUUUUCUCGGACCAGGACCUGGUAAAACCUUAGGUAGGCUCCAAAUGCGGCUACAGAUAACAGUUCUCUUUUCUUUUCCCGAGGCUGCUUUUUCCUGGAAGCCCCAAACACACACCUAAAACUCCCGGUGGCCACUGCGUGCGCGCGCCUCGGAGCUUAUCUUGUAUUCCGCUUAAUUACUCUCUGAGAAAUCCUCGUGCCUCCCCCCUGCCUCGCUUAGCUUUCAUUUCUCCUGGGAACUCCAAGCAGGCCCUGGGCUUCUAAGUACAUCUCUCAAAAAUGCAGCAAGGACAGCCAGUGGUCAUCGUGACUCAGCCCCAGAGUGGCAUUUAUCCACAAAGCUCCAAUUGGCAGACAGGCAUUUUAGACUGUUGCAGCGACUGUGGAGUCUGUCUUUGUGGGAUAUUCUGUCCCCUUUGCCUCUCCUGCCAAAUCGCCACUGACAUGAACGAAUGCUGUUUGUGUGGAGCAAGUGUGGCCAUGAGGACCCUCUACCGGACCAAAUAUGGCAUCAGUGGCUCCAUCUGCAGUGACUUCAUGGUGACCACUUUUUGUACUGUGUGUUCUCUUUGCCAACUUAAGAGAGACAUUAAUAGAAGGAGGGGAAUGAAUGCUUUCUGAAAAAAAAAAAAACUAAUGAUGAAAUCUUGUGUUUUUGAUGAAGCAACCAACAUUAGUUUUAACAUGUGAAAAAUAUAUCUCUAAGUAUUCCUCUAACUCUUGUCCUAAAUUGCUACAUGCUUUAGAAGUUUAAUCAUGAUGGAAUGCCAUGCCAAUUUAUCUUGAGGCUUUAAUCUCUGCCAUACCUCAUAAUAAUUCUUGAUUUGUAAUGUGAUUUUUAAAAUAUAAAGCAAAUAAAAGAGUAUUCAAAAUAA